GGUGAUGGUCAGGGCAAGCGCGGUGAGUAUAAUCACAUGACUAGUAGGGAAUGGACAGUGGUGUCCAGAAGGACUCGGGAAAAUGGGCAGAGCAGCAGUCGACAGGGUGGUUCAAUGACCAAAGGGUCAUUUGCUGAGAAUUCAAACAGUUUCGCGUCCCUUCAUAAUGUUGAUAAUGACGACAUUAAUGAGAUAAUUGAUAAUCGUAGCAAGGAGAAUGGAGAGAUUGGCUCUCAAGAGGUAAUUAUGAGAGGAGUGGAAAGUUCCACUAAGCAUACUUAUGCUAGCAAUAAUGAUCAGUUACAAAAAAACAAUCGUAAAGAUGGUAAAUCUCAACAGGCUAAGGGAUUCGUUUCUCAUGCAAUGGGAGUUACAGGAAAAGGAAUCAUUCAAAAUAAUGAGGGAAGUAAUGAGAGGAAUGAACCAUUGGUUUUCAAGGCUAAAGCAAAUAUAAAUAGAGAUACGAACAGUAAGUCUGGAAAGAAACUUACUACAGUUGAAGAAAGUAAUGGAUCAUCAAACCGAACUCCUCAACAUCUUUUCACAAGAGUCGCAGGUGCAAUUAGUGGAGGAGUGGAUGGUAGAGGAUAUUCUGGUGAACCAAGCUCAUCCAGAGUUGGCAGCAAUGGAGGCAGACUUAAUGGAGGUGAUAUUCGACCAAAUAUCGGUGGGGGGUCAACUUCAACAGCUGGUGGAGGAAAUAGAAGUGCUGCACCAACGGAUGGAUUCCAUGCUACCAAAUCUGGUGCACUUACCAAACCAAGUGAAUUUGGAUGGAAUAGAGGAGAAGGUGAACAGAAUCUUAAGGCCCAUAAAGCUUUCCAACUCCAAUUGGAAUCAUCUAGCACCAAAGGAGUUUCUAAGAGAAGAGAGGGAAGAGGCAAGUGCCACUCAAAGAAUUGGUUAGAAGCAACAAGGCUGGAAAUGAUACUAGCACCAUUGGUGGAGACCCCAGCCCUAGUAAGAGGACCAAAAGGUUUGUGGCGGAUCGAGAUGGAUAUCACUACCUGUUUGGACUUGGAUGUUCCCCUAAUCCUCACUCAAGCUUCCUACCUAAGUAUUUUCUUCCAAUUACUUACCCUGUGGCUCCCAGUUGGUGCUUCCAGAAGAAAUGUAGGAGUAUGGGACAUGGUGGUAGAGAGAAUGGCGAAGAAGCUGGCACCAUGAAAGCGAAAGUUCUUGUCAAAAGUUGUUAGGCUUACUUUAAUAAGAACCUCUAUAGAGAGUAGGCCUAUAUGUAUAUGCCUUUAUUGAAGAUGGUAGCGGCAGUAGAGAACAAGAUUACUAUGCUAAUGAGAUUUUUUGUGGGAAUUUGAUGCAAAUAAGUGAAGAGUGUGUUUAGUUUCAUGAAAUGUGAUUUGUAAACCCAAGAUGCAAGGAGGGUCAGGGGCUAAAAACUUGAAAUUGGUUAACAAGUCUUUUAGUGAUUAUGGAGAUACUCUAAGGAAAUAAAUGCUUAAUGGAGGAGAAUUAUGCUGGAGAAGAAUAAGGAUAGUGAUGAUUAUAUCCUUCCAGCUGAGCCGAGCAUGGCGAUUGGAAGCAUUACUCGGUCAAACUCACAAGUGUUGCUAUCUCAAGCUUGUUAUCAAAUUUAGUUGUCAAAACUAUAUCUUGAUUUCUAGUAUACAAUUAGUUAAGUCUCGGACUGGGAUAAAAACAUGGUUGAGAAACAAAGGAUUACAACAGUCAUCAUUACGUUCUACCAUUUGAGGAGAAGAUCAACCGAAGAUUUUGGAUAACUUCAUCAAAAAAAAGGUAAUGAAUUGGACAUGUGUGAAAAUUUCAAAUCAAUCGCGAUGGAUUGGAUGCGUGC